UUGUUUUCAAGUAGCUCGAUAUCGAACAAGACAAACUUCUUCGUUCACGCAUUUUACUGUUAGUAGUACUAAAAGGUAGGACAAACUGUCGUACAUACAAUUAGAAACCUCCUAACUCGUGAACAAGAGAACCUUUAUGUUAACCACAUUUCUGAUUGGGGGAAUAGGAACUAAUAAUUCUUACAAACAGGUUGCUUACAAAUAAAAUAAUACUGUGGUAACAAUAAUAAUAAUGUGGAUUAGAGGAUUGUCCAAUGCAUGGAGUGUCAACUACAGUUUAGCCAUCGAAUGCAUGCCACCGAUCAUAGCACUCUUCCUUUCUAUGUCGAUGUAUCUCAACGCAAUUUUUAACACAAAAAAGAUGAGGGAUGUACUCUUAUUCAUUAAAAAUAACCAUCAUUAUUAUGCGAAUCGUCCAGAAAAGCUGAUUCUUCGAUAUUAUGACGUACAAGGAAGAAAAAUUACACUUUAUUACGCCUUAUACGUUUACACAACAGUGGUGGCUUACAUAACGAUACCAGCAAUAUCGCUGCUAAUUGAUUUCAUUAUACCCUCGAAUCAUUCAGAAGAGAAAAGCUUUCCAAUUGAACUCGAUUAUGGCGUGGACACACAACAAUAUUUUUAUUAUCUGUUCAUACAUUCAUACAUGACAAUAGCCAUGAUUGCCAAUUUAAUUGCUUCUUGUGAUACUACGUACAUGCUAUACGCCCAACAUGGCUGUGCUUUGUUCGCAAUUGUGAGUUACGAAUUGAGAACUGUGCACAUUUUGGAUGCGAGUAGUUUGAUAAAUUUAAAGGAUCAUCGUUUAUUCGAAAACUACAAAAAUACCGAAUUAUUGCCGGAAGAAGAGAAGAAAAUUUCUACAAAACUGUUCCUUUGUAUAAAAGAAUAUCAAAAUGCAAUAAGGUCGGUAGACUUAGUGUACGGUAGGAUGGACUUGGAUUCUCCCGUUACCAAAGUUUCUCGAGACACCCCUUAUGCUAUUGGAUGAAAAAGCGAUUUGUAUAAAAUUUUAAAUCGCCCAGGCGACGGGAGAUGGUACCAUAUCGAGUAUGCAAAAAAUUUUUUUAUUUUCGUGAUUAGCUUUUCUACGUCGUAGUAUAUACAAUAAGUAUACAUGUUCAUCUUAUCGUUGAAUUUGUCUUCUUACGUUCUUUAACAAUAUUUAUUAUCGUCAUUUGUUUGUACUUUAGGCUCAAAGCCUAAUACAACGAGGGAUUGUUGCAUUCUUAUUCCUAGUUUCCUACACUGUAUCAGAUUUCUACAUCGAGUUCUUAAUUUCUAUAUUAUAUUGCUAUUUUAUUAUACUACUUUAGCUCUCUCUCUCUCUCUCUCUCUCUCUCUCUCUCUCUCUCUUUUAAUAAUUAAUAUGUAAUAUCUAGUAUAGCGUAUACGAUACAAUGAUAUAUACAUAUAGCACGUACAUACAGCCAUAUUCAGAUUUAUGUCUGUAUAUAAAAGUAUCUCUUCUCAUAUAUUAAGCUUUAUUACAGAUCCAAGUGCGGUCUUCUUAUCUUUAUCGUUGCACGUAAAGUUAAAAGUUAAUUAAAAAUGAUUUCUGCCUCUGUUACGGUUUGCCAAUCGUUUCUCUAAUCAAGUGUUCAAGGAAACUUUAAUUUGUGGCGGCAUCGACCACGGAACUUUCCAACAGCUUCGCGGUACAAAGAGCUAUGCCGUCAAAGCACAAUACCGACAUGCCCAAUGUACCAUCGAUAUCUCUACGUUUCUUUCGCCGAAUUCUCGGAAGAACACAUACGCAGCGACCGCCGCGGUACAUCUGAUAAACGCAUGUGUAGUAGAGAUAUCGAAGGACAACAAAGGAAAGAAUCCUUGAUUUCGAAUAAAAGAAUCAGUCAGUCUAUCUCAAGCUGCGAAGUACGAAAGAUCUCGUUAUAAGCAAACCACUAACAAAACCUUAAUUGUUAUAUUUUCGUCUUACUUGUUAUCAAACCUUUUGUUAACAAAUCAAGUGUAGUUUUCCGCAUGCACUCAUUUCAACCACCUCUAUUCUCAUAAUAGAAACAGGGGAUCAAUCAGUUCGUGGCGUCGAUUGUUUAAUCGUAACGAGAAUUUACGACUCUCGUUGACGCGUUAUCUCGCGAUCGCGUCUCUCCGCGAACAGUUGAAACAGCCUCUUCUCCGUUCUCGAUGCUUAGUACCUGUUAGAAGUCUUUUCUCUCUUCUCUCUGUAUAUCAUAUCGUUGAUAUUGGGGACAUAUCGAGAUACGUUAUAUCGCUGCCAUACCGUGGAACUCGGCUAUUUGACAGUAAUUGACAGCCGCAGUGUAGAAUGCCAGAGCCAACGGACGAGCCCGGGGCGAAUAGGAAAAGGACGAUCUCGGCGAUAUCGAUCAGAUAUUCGAAGACAGGGGGUCACUUCUGAUUUCGAGACCUGAUAGAAAAAUGGUCGCGUUCCGUUUUUGUACUACAAAAUAGUCGUGUAAAUGAUAAUUCAUUGUAGAAGCGAAUUCGUCAAGUGUUAAACCAAGCGUAAAUAAAAUGAGUCGUGCCACGAACGCGCACAGCGAUGUUUCAAAUUGUUCCAUGUUUCAAAUUUCAAGGUUUCUUCCCUUCUCAUGUUACACAGCUGGCAUACUUGCGCGUCAUUUAUUUUUAUUUUCUUCCCUUUCCCUUCUAAUACUAUACUACAUUCAUAGAUCCCAGCUAAGCAUAUUUGGACAAUUGUCCUAAUCCUGUAAAUUAUUGGUAAUACAAGGCUUAAGUAUUUUUUCCCGUUUGAAUUUGUUAAAUUCUUUAUAAAUAUAUAUUUAUAUGUCGAAGAUGAAAGAACACCGGAACCUUCCCUUUGGAACUUUGGGAA